AUGUCAAACAGAAAUUUUAACGAGAUGAACGAACUGAACAUGACCAACACAAAUUAUGGCAACACAAAAUAUACCGCUCAGCAGCAUCAAGGCGUAGUGAAUGCCAUCAUCUCUUCGCUUACAGCCCCGGACCAGCCCACCACUGUGUCUUUACAAUACUCUAACGACAAGAAUAUGGCCACUGAAAUACAAGCUUAUGCUAAACUAUCUGGGCCCACUUGGACAUACUACGUGAAAGAAUUAGAGGUUUCUAUAGGCAGAAACACGGAGCCUAUGAGCAACCCACUACAGGAAAAUUCAGAGGGCGUGAAGAACUCGUACCGAGUGAAUAUUGAUCUUGGACCAGCAAAAGUCGUUUCUAGGAAACACGCCAUAAUAAAAUACAACAUGAACAUUGGCGGUUGGGAAUUACACAUAUUGGGUCGCAACGGUGCUAAAGUCAAUUUUCAAAGAGCCCACAAUGGACCCAAUAAUCCACCCAUUAGAUUGUCUUCAGGGACUUUAUUAGACAUAGGCGGCACACAAAUGAUGUUUAUCCUGCCCGAUAGUGACCCAGUGAUUGCUCCCAUAUGUAUGGAGCAUUUGAUGCCUAACCUGAUAAGUAUGUACGGGUUGGAUGGUAACAACAAUCCUUUACUAAGAGACAUCAUCAAACAAUCAAACUAUGCUAAACAAAAACAAUUCACUUCUAAUCAACAAAUCAAAGGGUUCAAGCUUUACGGAAGUGGUACUAAUGUUCCCUUUGGCAACGGAACAAACUUGGGAUCUAACGAGCAAGGUGUCUUCAACAACGGUAACAACAAGAACAAAAACGGUUAUUUCACAUCGACGGAUCCAGGUUACGCAGCAUCUGCAACGGCUGAUACCGUCAAUCAACCAUCCGGAUCACCACAGGGGCCUUCAAAUACAAUCAUCGCUGCAAACUUUGUUGAUUCAUACAAAUCAGCAAAUGCUUAUCCUCAAGCGUUAGAUUUCACUUCCGAUUUGUCCCAUGAUGAAAACAGAAACGUGAAACCACCCCAUUCAUACGCGACCAUGAUUACACAGGCCAUACUGUCAGCCGCGGAGGGCGUCAUUUCAUUAGCCGACAUUUACAGAUACAUCUCUUCGAAUUAUGCCUAUUACCGGUUUGCAAAAUCCGGCUGGCAAAAUUCCAUUAGACACAAUUUGUCAUUAAACAAGGCAUUCGAAAAAGUUCCUAGAAGACCAAAUGAACCAGGUAAAGGCAUGAAAUGGAGAAUUAGUGAAUCUUAUCAGCAGGAAUUUUUGAAUAAAUGGAAUACAGGUAAGGUGGGGAAAAUAAGACGUGGAUCCUCAGUGGCAAGGCAGUUACAACUACAUAUGGCCAAAUUUAACACUUUACCCAUGGAAAUGGAUUAUAGGUUGUCACUCAACAUGACGCAGCCGCCGAAACGACAACUGCAAUCUCACAAUAUUUUAGAACCAUCCAGCAAUAACGUUGUAGGAGGGUUCGUACCACAUAUACCGUCUCAAACAGCUCUCCCCCCACCGUCACAACCACAACCUCUUAUACCACAGCAGCCGUCACCACAACCACCGCAACAACGCCAAGACAUUCAGUUUACAUUUACCGAUCCGCAAAAUCGAAAUACAGCACUCGCAAGACCCAUCAAGACACCGCGAUUACAAAAUACAAGCUCAAACUCAAAUUCCUUAAAUGUCUAUAAGGAAACACUCCACCCGCCUGUAGUAUCGAUAGCACAAAUGAAUAGACAAUCUCCAAACAAUGCUCUAGUCUCCUUCACUAAUGCAUGCGCUACUUCCAAAGUAAUACACAACAACAACGAUAGCACAAGCAAUCUGACGGAUAAUAGCACCAGCAGUAAAAUGAUUCUACCUGCGAUUUCUACGUCUUUGCUAGACGAAAAUAGUAAUUCAGAACCAACAACGACCGCAUCAUCCGGGAAUUCUAACCUAGCACCCCAUUCUGGCACAACAACGUCGUCACUCGCACCAAACAACCUUCACCUUUCCCAACCUUAUGACACACUACUACGGUCUCCUACUAAAGCAUUUCAUAUUACGGCAAUGGAAGCAUAUACACCAGAGAGAGGAAGCGCUAAUCGGAAUAGAUCACCCCUCCAUAGUAACAAUAUCAAUAACAACAACAACAACAUCAACAACAACAACAACAUCAUCAACAACAACAACAACAGCAAUCUGAACAAUUCUAACUUACAAACUAAUGGAACGGAGAACAAACACUCAGGCUCCAUAUUGGAUUCUAAUGUGUUGAAGAACAUGGAAUCAAACAAUGACAAUAGACGGCUUACUCCAUCUACAAACAAGUCACAAAGCAUAAAAAGUUCCCCUGGUGUUUGGAAUCUCUUGCAAUUUAGCUCUGUGAACAACACACCCGCUACUAAUACCGUAAGCAAUAAGAAGGGACUUCCCACAAAUCAAGAUAUCAAAAGUGCUGAUGAGGAGAACGCUCCUUCUGAAAAGGAUUCAGACACAAACUCAAAUGACUUGGAGAUAAAAGAUGUUAACUCUUCGCCUUUGAAGAACCAAGGUGGAGGUGCCGCGAAUGCCAAGGAACUAAUAUUAGAUACAGAUGGUGCAAAGAUCAGUAUUAUCAAUAACUAA